AUGGAUAUUUUGGUGGAUAGGGAACUUAGAGAGUCUGUGGUUGAGGUUAGACGAGUGAAUGAUAGAUUGAUGAUUAUUAAGUUGGUGGUUGGACAGUGCACCCUAAUCAUUGUUAGUGCCGAUGCACCACAUGCGGGCCUAGAUGAGGAGGUUAAACGGCGCUUUUGGGAGAGGUUGGAUGAGAUUAUACGUCAGGUACCACCUACUGAGAAGUUAUUCAUAGGAGGGGAUUUCAAUGGCCAUAUUGGGUCGACCGCAGGUGUGUAUGACGAAGUGCAUGGAGGCUUCGGUUUUGGGGAGAGGAACGGAGGGGGAACCUCGUUACUGGACUUCGCUAAGGCUUUUGGGUUGGUGGUUGCUAACUCUUGCUUUCCGAAGAGGGAGGAUCAUUUGGUUACUUUUCAAAAUGCAGUGGCGAAGACUCACAUUCACUAUCUCCUCCUCAAGAGGCGUGACAGAGGGUUGUGCAAGGAUUGCAAGGUGAUUCCAGGUGAGAUACUCGUGACACGACAUAGGCUCUUGGUGAUGGACGUUGGUAUUAUGGUGAAGAGGAGGAAAAUGUCUUCUCGAGGAAGACCGAGAAUCUGGUGGGGAGCCUUAACUAAGGACAAAGCUCAAGAGUUGGAGGGGCGGUUGUCGGCUAUGGGAGCUUGGAGGAGCAGUGGUGAUGCGAACACUAUGUGGUCAACGACAAAAAACUGUAUAAGGGAGGCUGCGAGAGAGGUGUUAGGGGUCUCGACGGGCGUCUCUGGCAGGCACAAAGGAGACUAG